AUUUCUAUUAUAAGAUUGAGAGUGCAACUCCUUUAAUUUCAUGUUUACCAUAUUUAACUACCAGUCAAAAUGGUUUGGACAUGUUCAAAGACGACCAGUAACAUCUUGAAUCUAUUAGAGUGAAAGAUGAAAGAGGUAGAGGCUGACUAAGAUAAAUAUUAGCCAAUGAUUUAAAUAUUGCUAGCGAUAUUUUCUUGAAUAGAACUCAAUGCAAUAGAUGAUGAUUCUUCAAAUCAUAUAUUUUUUCCUUGUGGCCUGACCACACAAAAUCAAUUGAUUUCCUACAAAUAUCAAGUUACGUGAUAUAGUGGUCCCUUUUGUACACUAAGAAUGCUAGUGGUUUUCACAUAUCAUCCGUGAUGGAUUUAUCAACUGUGAUAGAUUCAAGGUAUUGGAAAUGAUUGCUAAUACAUUAAAUAGUACCCAUUCCUGAGGUGAGAAAUGGGGGAAAAAAUUAUAGUUCUCAUUUCAGCAUGCAAAAUGAACUCUUUCGUCUUGUUUGCCAUAACGAGAAUCUUUGCAUAAAAUUGUUCAAGAGCAUGACUUGUUUUAUAAACUAGGAACUUAACCUUUUCUUUCAAUAUCAUGUCUUCUUAAAUGAUAUCUAAAAGAGAACUCCGACUAGGAUAAUUGGAAAUAGUUAAGAAAUCUUAAUAUGACUGUUGAAAUAGCCUUGCAUAAGUAAGAAUAAGAUACAUGUAGUCACACCAAUUAAUGGGAUUAUCAUGACUUCGUGGCGAUUAGUUUUUUGGUGAUAAAUUGAUUUGAUAUCUUCAUCAUCAUCAAACCAUGUAGUUCCAACUAUUUGAGGUUUGUUACAUGAUUCUUAUCCCUCCAUUGAAUUUUAUGCAAGAUUUCACUAAUAAAUCAAUUAAAUAACCUUUUGUUACAUUUAUCACAAUUUUUAUCAUUUCCCUCUGUUUGCAAUACUUUUAAUUCUAAUUGAAAGCAGCUUUCUUCUUUUGUGCCAUAAAAAGAAUCUUUUGUUGCAUGAAAUUAUAUAAUUGUUUUGUUUGCUAGGCACUUUUGAUUCCAGUAUCAUGUCUUCUUCACAUGAUAUCCAAAGAGAACAAUUAACGUAAUUGGAAGUAGUAUAGCAGAUCUGAAUCAUAGUUGUGAAAUAGUAUAUAGAGUUCAAUGGAGGAUAAGAUUUCAUGUAGUUGAUCCCAUAUCAUGGAUUAAUACAACCUGAUGUUGAUUAUAUUUUUGAUGAUAAAUUGAUUUGAUAUUAUGUGCAUCAUCAAGCUGUGUAGUUUAGGUUCCAAGUAUUUGGUGUUGGUUUCACAACUCUUCUAUUAGUUGAAUUCUAUAAUAGAUUUCGUUUAAUUAUAUUUAGACAGAUUAUCUACAAUUUCAGUGUCUCCCUCUAGUCCUUGUUCCUUUAGUAUUAAUUGGUUCAAACCUUUUGAACAUGUCCCUGUAAUUUCAAUCCGCUUUCUCUCAUCUUAUUAUUUAUUAGAGCUACAUCUAAUUUUUGCAAGAUAAGAAUAUCUUUUUUCUUCUUGAGUAGCCAUAUAUCCAUUUUAGCUCAGUAUUAAAAAAAAAAAAAUCUGUACUUGUUUCUAAUUACCAUUCUGUUCACUGAGUUUGCGUGUUAGAGCUGCCUCCACUCUCCUUUGACUUGGAUUGUCGCCAGCAAUGUGAAAUAUCUGACAUGGUGCUUCCAUCCCAACUUUUCCACAUCUCAAUCCCACCUUAGAAUGAUACAAUCUCACUUGUAUCAUGCAAGAUGGAAUGAUUUCUAUAACCAUGGUGCUUAUUCUAUGCUUAUUCAGUGAUAUCCACAUUAAUAUAACAUCACUAAAUCUUGUUAGUUCAUGAAUUGUGCAUGGCUUGGUUUCCUGUAGCUCUUGUCAAAGGCCCUCCAUCUUAUGGAACAUAUCAAGUAUGCUACAUUGUAUGGGAAGCUGCACAAGUUGGCACAUUACAAUCAUAAUGCAAGAAACACAAGGACUCCAAUUGCCUUAUUGUCUCAAGUCUGUAGGAGAGUAUGAUCUCAACGAGGAUCUGGAUAUCCAAAGAGAAUUGCCUGAAAGAAUUUCUUGCUUUGAAGGAGUCUUCUACAACUACUUGAGCAUUGGAAUGGAUGCCCAAGUUGCCUAUGGCUUUCACCAUUUACGUAACACAAGGCCAUACCUUGCACAAGGUCCAAUUUCAAAUAAAUUGAUUUAUGGUGGAUAUAGCUGCACACAAGGUUGGUUCUUUACACCAUGUGUGAAAACUCCAAAUCUGAGGGGGCUUAAAAACAUUUUAUCCCUUUAUAUCAAAAAGGUUAGCAAUAAAGAAUGGGAGAAGAUUCCAAUACCUGCUAGUGUUAGGUCCCUUGUGCUUCUAAAUCUGGACAGCUAUGGAAGUGGAAGCCAUCCAUGGGGACAUCCUACUCCUGAAUAUCUUGAUCAGCGAAGGUUUUAUGAGGCUCGAGCGGAUGAUGGGCUGCUCGAGAUAUUCGGAAUGAAGCAAGGAUGGCAUGCUUCCAUGGUUAUGGUGGAAAUUAUCUCUGCUGUACACAUUGCUCAAGCUGCUGCUGUCAAGUUGGAAUUGCGAGGUGGUGACUGGAACAGAGCUUAUUUGCAAACAGACGGAGAGCCAUGGAAACAUCCUUUAAACAGGGAGCACUCCACAUUUCUCAAGAUAAAGAGGGUUCCCUUUCAAUCACGCAUGAUAAAUGGAAAAUAGUAUCUCCUCCUGCUUCAGACUCCAUGAGCCCCAUCUCAAUGGUGACCAGAAGCUCCAUAGCAUUAGUCACUCUAAUCUUGUGAUAUUCUUUUUGAUUUUUUUAUCAGACUCCUUGAGGAUGGAGGAAGUAGCUGAUCUUAUUGCAUAUAGGAUUGUUCUAAUUGAUGUGCAGAACUCUGAAAGUGUGAUGCAAUUUAGCACUGAGGCUCAGUCCGGCCACUUUUCCCCCGGUCUUUUUGACAUGUAUCUAUGUAAAAUAGGUUAUGAUGCAAAUAGUCGUGCCAAGUGCUGGAUUGAUGAAGAAGACCAGCUAAUUUGCCUACGAACAUUGUCCAUGUUUGGUAUUAUUAUUUGUUAGAGGAUUGUUUUCUCUAUUUUCUAAUCAAGAUGGUGAAUUUGGUGUGUCCA